GAUCGUAUCAAAGUAUCGUUGGUUCGUUUUGCUGCUGUGGGCACACUUCAGUUUGGAUUCGGGGAGCAGAAAACCCGAGGUGAUGUGCUGUAUGAACUCGAUCGAGUUGAGAAUACGGGUGGAUCGACAUCGCUUGUGAAGGCAGCCAAUGAAGCAAUCAAAGAGAUCAACAAAAAUCAUCGUGCGAAUGCACGUUUAGUGGUUGUGUUCGUAACCGACGGUAAUAGUCAAGAUCCAUGGCGUAGCGUUCAGAAGAAGUUUCUAAGCAGUCGUAGCAAACAACCACUGUUGUCAAUUGCANAUGUGUAUAUUGACGACCGUGCGAACAAAUUCAUUCAGGAAGUCGGAACGUCUGUGGUGACAUGCGUUGGUGAUAAAGCAAAUAAGGCGAUACCUUCAGCGAAUCAACAACUCGAAGCUCCUCCACCUUCCUCUUCACCAUCAAAGUCGAAACAAUCGAAUGAUAAAUCCAGUGAAAAGUCGGCGGAAAAGCCAAGUGCUGCAGUCGAAGGUGGAACGAAAAUGGAUUCGAAAGAGUCUGUGAUUCAGACUUUCGAUCGAGGCAAUUUCGCAAGAGAUGAAAUGCCAGUGCAAAAGCCAAGCGAUUCGUUAAGGCCAGAUGCCAAGAAGUAUUGA